CAGGCCAGCCAGCUAUGCCAUUGCCCGAGAAGACUCAAGCCAUAACUAUCUCUGCUUAUGGAGGUCCGGAGGUCGUAGAAAAGACCACCCUUCCGUUUCCCGAACAGGGGCCACAAGACAUCGUGGCCAAGGUCGUCUGGGGCGGUGUAAACUCAAUUGACACCUACUUCCGCAAGGGUUUGUAUCCUGUCAAAAAGUUUCCUCAGAUACUCGGCACAGAGGGGUCGGGCAUCAUUGUAAAGCUGCCUACGAAUGAAACGGUGCUUAACGAUGUCGCUUACAAGCGACGUGGCUACAAGAUUGGUGGAAGAGUCGCUUUGAACGCGCUGGGUGCCUUCGCGGAAUACGUAUCGUAUGCGUGGACAUCUGUCUAUCCCGUGCCGGACGAUAUUCCGCUCGACACUGCAUCGUCAUGCAUGGCCCACUGUCUCACCGCCCAGACAACAAUGACUGAAUCCUACUACGUCAAGAAGAGUGAUGUCAUUCUCGUCCACACCAUUGCAGGCGGCCUUGGCCUUGCAUUCCUGGCGUACGCCAAGUCCCGCGGCGCCACAGUUAUCGGCACAACGAGCUCGCCCGAGAAGGCUGAGCUCGCCAAGUCGCUGGGCGCCGAUCAUGUCAUCCUGUACACGAAGGAGAACACGGUGCAGCGGGUUCUAGAGUUUACAAACGGAGAAGGCGUGCACGCCGUGUUCGAUGGCGUCGGCAAGGACACCUUCCUCUCCAACUUUGACAUGCUCCGUCGAAAGGGUACGCUCGUCGCGAUCGGCAAUGCUUCAGGCGCGCCAGACCCCAUUUCUCCUCUCAAGCUCUCCGCCAAAAACAUUACGCUCAUCCGCCCCAGCGCGUUCGGAUACCUCGUAACUCCCGAUGAGGUGGACCACUACCUCGGCGAGCUGUGGCAAGCCCUCCGUAGCGGGCUGUUCAAUAUCAGAAUACACCGCGUCUUCCCCUUCACGGCCGAAGGUGCUCGCGAAGCGCAGCAGGAGAUUAACACGCCUGGAAGCGGUCUCACUGGGAAGCUACUGAUCAAGAUAUCUGAGGAAUAGGC